GCUCAUUCUUCGACUGUUGAUCGUGGUUAAAGCACCUGCGCGCGGAUACGUGUUCCACCGAAAAAAGUGAACUGCAUUUUAAAAUUCUGUGGAAAUGCAAACCAAAUUCCCAUUGAAGUGAACUAAAACGCCACAAAAAUAAACACCCAAAAUAAAUUUCCUGAAACUAAAUCUAGUUCUGUACGGAAGUUCAUUGCUAAAAUUUCUUCGCCAAUCAUAAAACAAUGCCAAGCAUUUUAGAGCUUAAAAACUAACAAGAAAUACCAUAAAAAAACCCACAAAAAAACUUGUUCAAACUACUUCGGAUACUUGGGAGCUCAACCACCAACCGCCAGCAUCAUAAUCAUCAUCAUCGGAGCCAGCAGCAUUUGAAAGCUUGUAGAGCCUGAGGCUUUCUUCCACCAAAAGUUCUAACGGAAUGUGAAAAGCCUCCAUUAUGCCCACGGAAAGCUCAUCCAGCGAUGUCGGUGGCGGCGGAGGAGGGGGCGCCAUACCCAUGCUACGAGCCUCACGCAUGGACCAGUUCAUGUCCACGGUGGCUGCAGCAGCAGCGGCAGCCAGCGGUGGCGCCUCGGAUGGCUCGAGUGGAGGUGGCGACUCGAGGAGCUCAUCGGCCAGCAGGAUCUCGGCGGCAGCAGCCGCCUACGAAACACAAUUGGCCUACCAGCAGCACCUGGCCGCGGCCGGACUGCAUCCUGGUCCACCGCCACAUCAUCGCGAGAUCUCCGCCUUUGUGCCCGUGCUGCCCACGCGACAGGCACUGGAGGCCAAGGCGCGGGCCGGGAGCAACUCCAACUACGAGAUCAUUGCCAUGAUGGCCGACAAGCGGAAGGAGCUGGCCCUGAGGGAGGCCGCCGCCGCGGCUGCCAUGCUGGGACGUGGUGGCCCGGGGGGUGGUCCACAAGGUCCGCCACCCGGUGUCCUGUACGCACCGCCACCCCCACCGCCAUAUCUAACCGGGCCCGGUCCCUCGCCCACGGGUGCGGGCAGCUUUCCCUUCCCACCGGGUGCCGCCGCAGCAGGACUCUUUCCCCCCGGCCUGGGGCCGGGCAUGCAUGCCGGUCUGGACCGUCGCCUGUUGCGUGCACCCGGUCGCGCCUCGAGGCCCAAGAAGCAGUUCAUCUGCAAGUUCUGCAAUCGACAGUUCACCAAGUCCUACAAUCUGCUGAUCCACGAGCGGACACACACCGACGAGCGACCCUACUCCUGUGAUAUUUGCGGCAAGGCGUUCCGGCGACAGGAUCACUUGAGGGAUCACAGGUACAUCCACUCCAAGGAGAAGCCAUUCAAGUGCACCGAAUGCGGCAAGGGCUUCUGCCAGUCGCGCACUCUGGCGGUGCACAAGAUCCUGCACAUGGAGGAGUCGCCGCACAAGUGUCCCGUGUGCAGCAGGAGCUUCAACCAGCGCUCCAAUCUGAAGACCCAUCUGCUGACCCACACGGACCACAAGCCCUACGAGUGCUCCUCCUGUGGCAAGGUCUUCCGCCGCAACUGCGAUCUGCGGCGACACGCACUGACCCAUGCCGUGGGCGAGGUUAGCGCUGGGGACUAUGUGGACGUCGGCGAGGAGGACGAGGCACGUCAUCUGAGUGGGGAUGAAGAGGACUCCCUGCUGGAGGUGGACUCCCCACGGCAGAGUCCUGUCCACAAUCUAAGCGAGUCCGCAACGAACGGGGAGAAGGAUGAGGCGGAGCGCAGGCGUCUGAAGCGGAAGGCGCCCGUCGAUCAGGAGGAGAGCGAAGAGGAGUUCGAUGACUACGAUGAGGAGGAGGAGCUGCAGGAGGCAGCAGGCACUUUUCCCAGGGAAGAGCUGCGCGAGGAGGACGACGACUUCGAGGCCGAGGAUGAGGUGCAGCAGGAGGUGGCUCUGGUGGCGCCACGACAAUCAUCAGCAGCUCCAGCUGCUGCCACAGCUACGGCGACUGGGAAGCCGGAGCGUCAGGGUGUCACCCACUGCCAUCACGAGGGUGGAGAGACCUACACCAUGCGGCCACAUGGCGAGAGGCAGCAGGAGGAGCCAUUAUCCCUGCCACCCAAUGGACCACCGCCACCGCCCGGGUUUGUGGCCAGUCUGAGGUAUGCAGGAGGCGCACCCCCACCUGUUGUGCCGCCCCCACCGCACCUUCAGCCGCAUCCGCAUCUCCUGCCACCCAACGGAGAUCCCUAUCUGCCGAUACUCCACGUGCGUAGGGAUCUGCACCACAAGAGCCUCAAUCUGAGCAAGGGUGCACCGGUCCCAACACCCGCCACACCGCCCACCAUCAUCACGCAGCCACCGGAGACGAGUAAGCCACCGAAUCAGCCGCUGCACUCGCCCCACGAGGCAAUGCCCAGCUUCCUGGGCUCCAUUCCCAUGCGCAAGAGGAUUCUGCCGCCGCCAACGGUCGAUCUGAUGGAUCAUCAUGCCCAUCCCCAUCAUCAUCCGCAUCAUCAGCGUGCGUAUCUGGAGAAUCAGAGCAUCUAUGCCCUGAACAUGUCGCGGCAUCCGCCACGCCAGCUGCUGGGCAAACCCCCCAGCACCGAGACGAGUGGCGCAGCCACAGAGAAGGGUCCACCUGCAGUGCAGUCGGUACAGUCCGUGGUGGCACCACCACCUCCUGUGGCACCACCUCCCGCUCCGAGACGCACGGGCUUCAGCAUUGAGGAUAUCAUGAGACGCUGAAGAUCGUUUUUAGUACACUAUGACAAGAUUGAUUGACCCGGGGGACCGCAUUCCUAUAACCCCCCGAACGCUAUUUUAGAGAAAAGUGCACUUUUUAGUACAUUUUUAGUACAAUAAACCCGCUAGACUAAGGCCUAAACAUAGUGCUUAGCCAACUGUUGUUGCAUUUUAUAGCCAAGUAGGAGCAUCCACAGCCUAAAUAUACGUCGACUUAGUUCAGUUUUAGUGCGAGCGUCUAUCGAUAAGUAAUCGAUUUAAUCGGCCAACAUUUCCUUUCCAAGCGAGUGAAUUCCAACCUUUAAUUUAUGUUUCUUUUUAGCAUCUAAGAUUAAACUUAAUGAGUGAAUAAAAUAAAGAUGUACGCGAAAUCGUUCGUCGAUUUUGUGUGUAGGGAAAAAAUGGUUGAAAGUAAAAGUUGGCUAAGUGAAAAAUCAAAAAGCAAAAGCGGAAAACAACAUUCCAGCUGCACAUUUUUGUCUAGAUUUAGUCUAAAAUUUAAGUGUAGACUUUAAGGACUUUUUGUAGUAGCCUUAGAGAGUAUCCCAUAGCAUUCCAUUCCAUGGUCUUCCUUGAAUUUAAAAUGAUUUUAUUCAAACUAUUUCAAAUAAAGUUUGCCUAUUAUACAAGA